AUGACCUCCGCCCUUGACAAAGCCAAAGAGGUGGCACACAAGUUUUCCGUGCCGGACAACAAUGACAACACCAACACGAACCCCAACCCCACCACGGACACGGACAACAACACAAAGUUCUCGUCCGACUACAAGAUCAAGCAGCAGACGCAGCCGGCCCCGGGCCUGGAGCGCGACCUCAAGCCGCAGCCGGUCAAGACGCACCUGCCCUCGGAGGACGAGGGCUACCAGCUGUACCGCCCGGCCGGCAAGCUGCAGGGCAAACGCGCCCUGAUCACGGGCGGCGACUCGGGCAUUGGCCGGGCAGUGGCCAUCCUGUUUGCCAUGGAGGGUGCGCACGUGGCCAUUGCGCACCUGCCGAGCGAGCUCGAGGAUGCAGUGCACACCAAGGCGCAGGUGGAAAAGAACGGCGGGACGGCACACUUGAUUUCGCGCGACUUGCGCACCCCCGGCGCGCCCAAGGCGGUGGUGGAGCAGGCCGUGAGCGCCAUGGGAGGACAGGGCCUGGACGUGCUGGUGAACAACGCGGCGUACCAGCAGGAGCUGGGCGAUAUCGCCGACGUCUCGGAAGAGCAGUAUGACCGCACGCUGGCGACCAACCUGACGGCACCCUUCUUCGUCACCAAGUACGCCUUGCCGCACCUCAAAAAGGGCAACAGCGGCCACGGCGGCACUGUCAUCAACACGGUGUCGGUGGACGCCUACGUCGGCCCGCCGACGCACCUCGACUACGCGGUGUCCAAGGGCGGCCUGGUGACGUUUACGCGCACGCUGGCCAACCAGCAGGCCAAGAACGGCAUCCGUGUCAACGACGUGGCGCCCGGCCCGAUCUGGACGCCGCUGAUCGUGUCGUCUCUCAGCAAGGAGUCGCAGAAGAGCAUUCCGGACAGUACGCUCCUCAAGAGAUGGGGCCAGCCGGUGGAGGUGGCGACAAGCUUUGUGUUUCUGGCGUCGCAGGACAGCAGCUACAUGACGGGACAGAUUCUACAACCAAACGGAGGGAUGGCGACGAUUUCGUGA